AUGGCGUCAAAGCUGAACAAAACUCGAUUCACGCAAAAAGGCGAAAGCAGCGGCAAAGUUAGAAGAACGACAUUAAAAACGACGACGAUGGCGAAAUUAUCAUCUUCCUCUUCGUCGGUGACGAUUGCGAAAUCAUCAUCAUCACGUAACAACAACAACAACAAGAACAUCAACAGCAGACAAGAACAACAAUUUGUAAUAAACAAAGGAAGAAGAAACACAGGAGUAUUAGUAGUUAAAGCGAGCGAAGGUGGCGAGGAGGCAGACAUUUCCGUGGUCGAACGUAAGCGCGACCUCACGGCUGGGGAAUACGUGCAACCGGAAAUCACCUCUCGCUCGACUGCGGGAAGAUUAGUGCCAGAAGAAGGUUUCAACGCCGCGCGAACGUCGUUUGGGACGGUUGGUUUGUCCGUCGGUUUACCACUUUUGAUUUACGGUUUCGGGGCGUAUUUUUCGUUCCUACCAGGGACGGAAAUUUCCGCGCUCAUGCUCAUCUACGGUUUUCCGAUUUCUUUGAUCGGUUUCGCGUUGAAAUACGCCGAGCUGUUGCCGCUCGAGUGCGAGUCGUACGAAGACGCGGUGAACGUGAGAGAUGAUCAAUCGACCGCGGUGUUGACGCAGUUAAGAAAUGACGUGACGAGGUACAGAUACGGAGACGAGCAACACUUGGAGGAGGCGAUGAACAUCAUCUUCAAGUUUAACCGACCGGGCGGAUUACAAAAGAGACAAAGACCGAAAUUGGUCGGCGUGUCCGAACAAAUGGUGAAUGGAAGGUACGCGAUCGUUUUGACCAUGGAGUCGCCGAAAAUUACGAAAGAAGAGUGGGACGGAUUCAUGGGUAAGUUUUCCAAGUUUUUCGGCCCGAACGUGGACGCGGUAGCCUUGGAGAAGAGCGAAGGCGUGGCGGAGAUCAUCUUGAUUUCCAACGGCGGCGACGAUUUGGGCGGCCCGGGUGACGAUAUGGAAGUCUUGCCGCCGCUCAUGCCAGGUUUGCCGGCGAGGUACCAAAAGAGAGGCACGGCGUAA